AUGUCUUCUCUCGAUCUGAUUCAGCAACAUGCCCAAACAGCCCUCGCGGCUCUCCCAGAACCUGCGCAAAAUCUUCUAGGCAACAGCGUCGCGCAAAAGACGGCUGCUAUUAUUCUCGCCCUCGGCCUUACUCGCUCGGUGAACCGAUUCUUCUCCAAGUGGACUCUGCAGAACUGGACUACCAACCAGAAAUGGGAGUCUUCGCGCGAACUCAUCCUCCUCACCGGUGGAUGUAGUGGAAUCGGAAAGCAAGUCAUGGAGGAUCUGUCAGCCACCGGUGUGCGCGUUGUCAUUCUCGAUAUUAAUGAACCGGACUUCAAAUUGCCGCGUAAUGUCGCCUUCUACAAGGCGAAUAUUACUUCUUCGGCGGAUAUCGCUGCCGUUGCGGCGACGAUUCGGAAGAAUCACGGCGAGCCAACGGUGUUGGUGAAUAACGCUGGUGUCGGUCAUGAUGGGACUAUUCUUGAAGAGCCUGAGUCGAAGAUUCGUCAGACCUUUGAGGUCAACACUCUUUCCCAUUUCCUUAUGGUGAAGGAGUUCUUGCCUGCUAUGAUCAAGGCCAACCAUGGUCACGUUGUGACAAUCGCCAGUAUGGCUAGUUUUGUCGCUCUCGGUGAGAUGGUCGAUUACUGCUGCUCCAAGGCUAGUGCGCUUGCUUUCCACGAAGGUUUGCGCCAGGAGUUGCGCUACUGGUACAACGCGCCCAAUGUGCGCACUAGUGUCAUUCACCCUAUGUGGGUUCGUACCCCGAUGAUCAAGGUCUUGACGGACAACGAGCGUCACUUCAGCCAGCCCAUUAUGACCCCCCAGGUUGUCUCUGCCGCCAUCUGUAAGCAGAUCCUCAACCAGCGCAGUGGACAGGUUAUCCUGCCUAGCAGCCAGUCUGUGGCCUCAUUGGUGCGCGCAAUGCCCACUUGGAUGCAGGAAGGUGUGCGCGCACUUGCGUCUGGUGCUUUGAAGAAGAUGCGUCUUGCCCAGCAGGCUGAGCAGAAUGCGCAGUAG